GCCUACUGUGACAUGGAGACUGGUGGAGGAGGUUGGACCGUUAUUCAGAGACGAGAAGAUGGCAGCGUGGACUUUCACCGGACAUGGAAAGAGUACAAGAUGGGAUUUGGUGAUCCUGCUGGGGAGUACUGGCUGGGAAAUGAGUUUGUUUCUCAACUGACUAAUCAGAAGCGUUAUGUUCUUAAAAUACACCUGAAAGACUGGGAAGGAAAUGAGGCAUAUUCAUUGUAUGACCAUUUCUCUCUAGCAAAUGAAGAACUAAAAUACAGGAUCUACCUUAAAGGGCUUACUGGGACAGCAGGCAAAAUAAGUAGUAUAAGCCAACCAGGAAAUGAUUUUAGCACAAAGGAUGCAGACAAUGACAAAUGUAUUUGCAAAUGUUCACAAAUGCUAACAGGAGGAUGGUGGUUUGAUGCAUGUGGUCCUUCUAACCUCAAUGGAAUGUAUUAUCCAUUACGACAGAACAACAACAAGUUCAACGGUAUCAAGUGGUACUACUGGAAAGGCUCCGGAUACUCUCUCAAAGCCACGACUAUGAUGAUUCGACCAGCAGAUUUCUAAAUGCUUUUGCAUUAUGUGAAUUAUGUAUUGUAUAGUCUUCAAAGACUUCAUUUGCUGAGCAUAUAAACACACAUCUGCAACUUGUCUCGUUUUCAAGCCCAGAAAACAUGUGCUAGUGUUCUGAAGGGAUCAGUUCAGUACAAUUCCCGAAUUGCAAUAGCCUUGAUCAGCUAAAGCUCAUAUUAUUCAACCAGACACAAAGUCUAAAGCUUCAACCUGGUAUAACAGUCAUUUGGCCAAACUGAAUUGAAUAAAAAGAACAUCCAAGAAACUGUCAGACAACUUAAGGACUCUGUUUUACUGAUCGUUUAUGUUAUGUAUGUGUUAGUAAAUAACUGGAACUGUGAAAAAUACCUAAAAUAGUUUUAGAAAUAUGCAUUUUGCCUCAUCACUGAACUUUAAACAUUAGUCUAACAUAAAACACUUAACUAGAUCUAGAACUAUUUAUCUCUGUGUCAUGUUUGCCUUUUAUGUACAUAAAAAAAUACCGUCCUGUAAUUAGCUCAAUACUGUAGUUAAAGAAUACAUUCUUUCCUCCCAUAGUCUCCUAAACAACUUCUUACAAUUAUUCAGGGAUUUUUUCCAAUAGCCUGUAUUACUUUAUUUAACAGAGGACAAAUAGCAUUUAAGUACUUUGCAUUUAUUCUUGGGAAAUACUGUGUACAAAUCACCAUUUCUUUCAGUUCGUACUUACUACAGUCACUAUCUUUAAGUUACAAAAAU